GUCGACCCAUGUGUGGACUUCUUUGAAUUCACUUGUGGGAACUGGAAAGCCAGGCACCCAAUUCCAAGUUAUAGGUCCAGCUACUCUCAAUUUAGCGUUCUCCACGACAAAGUUCAAGCAAAAAUGAGAGGUGAAAUCUUCGAAUCAGAAGAGGUGUUCCCGUCGAAAUCUGUAACUGCCCUAAAGUUGAUGUAUCGCAGAUGCAUGGACCAGCACGAGCUUAACCGAAUUGGUGCAAGAAAAUUGAUAGAGUCAAUAAGGUUCGAUCAGGGAGAACUUGGGUUAGGUGCUUCCACGCGUGAGUACUAUUUGGACAGAGAAAAGUAUGGGAAAAAAUCGCUGCCUACAGACAGUACCUCAUCAACAACGUUAGUUAAACUAUUUCAUGAAGACGUCGGUCUUCCUGUAAAUGGAAGUAAAAUUGCAAACGAUGUGGAUGAGAUCAUCGAUCUCGAAACCAAGAUGGCGCAAAUCCUCGUGGCAGAGAAGGAUCGAAGAAACUACACCAAAAUGUACAAUCUGAGGCAUCUCAGUGAACUGCAAACACUUAUGCCUUUGGUUGACUGGUACAGAUAUUUCCGUACUGUUGCUCCAGCUUUCAUCAACGACUAUCUAGCUGGUAACCCGAAAAUGCUCAUAAUAGAAAUCGACUACAUGAGAAGAGUCAACCGUCUGAUCAGCUCGACUGAUCCGAGGAUUAUCACAAACUAUGCAUACCUUCGGUACACCCUCAGUUGGAGCGGCGAGCUCGGCAUGCGAUAUGAGGUCAUCUACCAGAAGUUCUAUUACGUCAUGUAUGGGCAAAAAAAGAAGGCACCUCGGUGGGUAGACUGCACCAGCACGACUACGUACCAAAUGCAAUACGCUGCUGGUGCGCUCUACGUUAGGAAAGCAUUCAAUGAGACGUCAAAAAACAUGAUGCUGGAGAUGAUAGCCGAUCUGCAAGACGCAUUUGACAACAUGUUGGCUGAGAGCGACUGGAUGGAUGAGACUACGAAGGCGAGGGCAGUCUAUAAGGCAAAACACAUGCUCCGACAUGUCGGCUAUCCAGAUUUCAUUCUCGACGAUGAGAAGCUGGACGACUAUUAUAGUGGAGUGAGUAGUACUGAAUGA